CUUCCGGCGCCAGGCAGCUCUUCCGGUUUUGGCUUCAGGCGGGACGGCGCGGACUUCAGGUGCUGUUACUAUCACCAGUGUGUAGCUGAGAACCCGAGAUGCUAAGGAACUUGCCCCUCAGCGAAGCAGAUUGUAAAAGCAUAAACAGAAUUUAAAUCCGGAUCUCAUUAGUGCCAGAAUCUGAGCUCUUAACUGUCUUUCUAAAUUGUUUUCUGAGAGUAUGAUUCCUUUCAGGUCUGUGAGAGGAAAUCCCGAAGUCAGCCUUGGAGGUGAUAUAUGUAUUAAGGUGUAUAUAAAUUACGAAAUACAUUUGAGGGCUGUUGUGAUAUCUCAGCAGGCUAUUUGAAAAGUUUUACGCAAACAUGGAUAUCAGACCAAAUCACACUAUUUAUAUCAACAAUAUGAAUGAUAAAAUUAAAAAAGAAGAAUUGAAGAGAUCCUUGUAUGCCCUGUUUUCUCAGUUUGGACACGUGGUAGAUAUUGUGGCUUUAAAGACCAUGAAGAUGAGGGGUCAGGCUUUUGUUAUAUUUAAGGAACUGGGCUCAUCCACAAAUGCUCUGAGACAGUUACAAGGAUUUCCAUUUUAUGGUAAACCAAUGCGAAUUCAAUAUGCAAAAACAGAUUCUGACAUAAUAUCUAAAAUGCGUGGCACUUUUGCUGACAAGGAAAAGAAAAAGGAAAAGAAGAAAGCUAAAACCAUGGAACAGGCUGCAGCAGCUGCAAACAAAAAGCCUGGCCAGGGAACACCAAAUUCAGCUAAUACUCAAGGAAACGCAGUGCCAAAUCCUCAGGUCCCGGAUUACCCUCCAAACUAUAUCCUGUUCCUUAAUAACUUACCAGAAGAGACGAAUGAGAUGAUGUUAUCCAUGCUGUUCAAUCAGUUCCCUGGUUUCAAGGAAGUUCGCCUGGUACCUGGGAGGCAUGACAUUGCAUUUGUAGAAUUUGAAAAUGAUGGACAGGCUGGAGCUGCCAGAGAUGCUUUGCAAGGGUUUAAGAUCACACCAUCCCAUGCCAUGAAGAUUACCUAUGCCAAGAAAUAACAUUUGGAAUAGCCAGUUUUAAAGGACUUGGUGUUAUUUAUAAUGUUCAUUUUGAUUACAUUCGGUCAAGUCAUUUUAAUGGUUGGAAGUGAAAGUGAAGUUUUGGGGAAAGAGUCACCUAAUUUUUUUUUUUUUUUAGUUUUGGUGAACUGUGAAAUCUAAAGCCUUAAUUUUGUACAAUAAACCUUUAUUUGUAUUCUGUGUACUUACCACUGUUUACUGGUCUGAUGUUCAACCAUCAAAUGCUUAUUUCAGCAUAGAACAUAUCUGAAAGUGUGUAAAACUCCAUAGUGGAAGUUUGUAUUAUUUUGGAGCAGUGGAUGAUACAGAAGUUGAAGGGAACAGAUUGCAGCAGCUAAUGAAGAGCAUGUUAAUGGUAAAAUGAUCAGUUUGCUGUUAGAAAACAUGCAAUUUGCCUCCUUCAGCCUAUGGAGCAUAGUAUUUUACUGGAGUAGGGAUUCACACAGUAUUAAAUAGUGGCCAUUUGCUAACAGCUGCUUACUAUUUUUUAAAAAAAUCGACAAGUAGGACUGCUCCCUUCAGUGGAACAUUUUACUUUUUUUUCCUUCUUAAAGGAGGUUAAUAUCUAGUUUCAAUCCUGAAUGACUUUCAAGGGUCCCAGGCUUAUUAGUGCCUGCCUAGGUUUCCAGCACUAUGGAGACAGGGGCAGGAGGAUCACUGCAAGUACAAGACUAACUUUAGCUUUUCCUUGAGACCUUGCCUCAAAAAGACAAAUAAGUGAAUAAAAUGCUAGACCUCCAAAAGGGAAUCUCUAAUGUUUCCUAAAACAGAACUUAUCUUCCUUCUUUAUGAUCCUGAGGGUGUGCACAGUUAGAUGUUAGGCAUUCAGUCUACCACUGAGCUUUAUGUCCCUGCCCAUUGUUUAGGGAUAUUUCUUUUGUUUCGGGACAGGGUAUUACAAUGUAGUCCGGGCUAAUGCCAAACUCACCACAUGUGGGAUGAUAGGCAUGUGCCCCUAGUGCAAGCUUUUUGUAAUUGUUAAACAGCUACAGAAUUCCAAAAGCUUCUCUGGUUUUGCCUUAUAUUAUGACUUGAUUUCCUCCCACUGAUGAAACCAUCUUUAGAAGUUGACCUUGUUUUUCAAAUAUAGCACAUAAUGAAAAAUAUUCUUGUUUUAACAUUUCCUUAAAACUCUCUUAUCACUUAGAAUUUUUCUUGUGUGUCUACAGAAAGGUCAUUUUUAGAGUGUAGUUAGAAGUUUUCCUGUGUCCCACCCGGUCCACAGCCGUUCAGACUCAAAUAAACAGAGGCUUAUAUUAAUUAUGAACUGUAUGGCCAUUAGCUCAAGCUUAUUACUGACUAGCUCUUACACUUAAAUUAACCCAUAAUUCUCAUCUAUGUUCAGCCACAUGACUUGGUGCCUUUUCUCAGUUCUGCCUUAUCAUCUUGAUCCUCUGUGUCUGGCUGGUGACUCCUGACUCAGCCUUCCUCUUCCCAGAAUUCUUGUCUGCUUAUCCUGCCUAUACUUCCUGUCUGGCUACUGGCCAAUCUGCAUUUUAUUGAACCAGUGUCCAAAAGCAUUAUCCCACAGCAUUAGAUUUAGAUAGAGAUCUUUUAUUACUCAAGAAUUUAUUAAGAGGAGAUCAACAACAUGAAUUAUUUCUAAAACUGUAUCAAAGACUUAUUUUUUCCAAGUAAAAGUGAAAUGUAUCCAAACAGCAAAAUUAUUAUGACAGAUAAGUGGUUGCUUAGGGCUGAAGUUUGUCUGGGAUGAGAGAAUGCUGUAAAUCAAUUAUGAUUAUGACAUGAUUGUGUACAGUUGCCCAAACUCACAGAUGGAACAGUAAAAUGGGCAAAUUUUACUGUAAGCAUUAUCUGUGUUGGAUGCAGCAGUUUGUAACAUCAGUGGAUUAGGAAUAAAAUGGCUGUGAACAUACA